AAAUAGAUAAAAAUAAUGUAAUCAGAACUUGAGAUUUAGGCAGUAAUAGGAUUUACAGGUACAUUAAUUAUAUAAAUUAAAAGGGAGAAUAAUUCAAGGAUUAGUUUUGCAUCCUGAUAAUGAGGUAUUAAAUAAUCUAUUAGCUAAAAGCAUAUAAUAUAUCCAUUAGGUUCGACAAUUGUAGUAAGACAUAUAAUUACUAGAUAAUAAACAUUUUUAAGGUAUGGAUAUGUGAUAUAUAAUAAUAGAGGACAUGAUAAUUAGAUCUCUGUAAUAACAGUUUCUCGAAGUGGAGAUUAUGUUGCAUCUGGGUAGAAAACUUAUAUGGGUUUUUAAGCAGAUAUAAUAAUAUGGGAUUUCAAAGAAAGAAGCAUGAUUCAUAGAUUGAAAUUACACAAGGUGUUAAUUUAAUCAUUGAGUUUCUCUAAUAAUGAAUUAUAUUUGGCAUCAUUAGGAGGAAUUGAUGAUAAAAAUAUGUUGAUUGUUUGGGAUAUAAAAGCAGGGAAAGCUUUGUAUGGAACACCUAAUAGAGAUCCUGUAAAUUAAGUGUAAUUUUACAACUAAUCAGAUGAAAAGAUGAUAGCAGUUUUAAAUACAGGAGUAUAAAUAUUAACAAUAGAUAAAUUAAAUAAAAAGGUAUGAUUGUAAAUUAUAUAAAGAUUUAAUCAGUAGAUGUAAAUUUUGGAAAUGUAAAAAGAACAUUUAAUUGUGUAGCAAUUGAUAGAAAUGAUAAGUUCUGUUAUUGUGGAACAAAGACAGGAGAUGUAUUUGAAAUAUAAAUGGAUAUGGCAAUUUAUAAAAGAUUAGCACCAGUUAAGAAAUUGUUUUCAUAAGGAGUUAAUUGUUUGGGAUUACUGUAGAAUGGAGAUAUAAUAGUUGGUGCUGGAGAUGGAAUGAUAGCAAAGAUAUCUUAUUAAACAAUGUAAAUAGUAGCAAGUAGUGAAUUAUUGGGAGGAGUUACAUCAAUAUCAUUUACAAAUGAUUAAACUCAUUUUUUUGCAGGAACUAAUCAAAGUAAUAUAUAUUGGUUGGAUACUGAAAAAUUAAUACCUGAAUUAAGAAACACAUGUCAUUAUGAAAGAAUAAAUGAUGUAGCAUUUCCUCAUAAUUAUUCAGAUGUUUUUGCUACAAGUUCAUUAAAUGAUAUCAGAGUUUGGAAUGCUAAAAAUAGAUAAGAAUUAUUAAGAAUUUAAGUUCCUAAUCUAGAAUGUUGGGCAGUUUCAUUUAUGAAUGAUGGUAAAAGUAUUGUAAGUGGUUGGAGUGAUGGAAAAAUUAGAUCAUUUUUACCAUAAUCAGGUAGAUUACUUUAUGUAAUUAAUGAUGCACAUAUACAUGGUUGUACAUCCUUAACUUGUACUUCUGAUUGUUUAAGAAUUAUAUCAGGAGGAUCAGAAGGAGAAGUUAGAGUUUGGGAAAUUGGAAAAUAAACUUAAGUUAUGAAAUCUUCUAUGAAAGAACAUAGAGGAAGAGUAUGGUCUAUUUAAGUCAGAAGAAAUAAUGAAUAAGCUGUUAGUGCUAGUGCUGAUGGUUCUUGUAUUAUAUGGGAUCUUAAAUCAUUUACUAGAGUUAUGUGUUUAUUUGAAAGUACCUUAUUCAAAAUGGUUCUAUAUCAUCCUGAAGAAAGUUAAUUAUUAACUACUGGUAGCGAUAGAAAAGUAUUUUAUUUAUUUAUUUAUUUAUAGGUUACUUAUUGGGAAACAUUUGAUGGGUAAGCUAUCAGAAUGUUAGAUGGUUCUGAAGAAGGAGAAGUUAAUGCAUUAGCUAUUACAAAGGAAGGAGAACAUUUUGUAUCUGGAGGAGAAGAUAAAGAAGUUAAAUUAUGGGGUUAUGAUGAAGGAAUCUGUUAUUUCAAAGGUUAAGGACAUUCAGGUACUAUCACUAGAGUAUGUAUUCUCUUUCUUAAUUUAUAGAUUACUAUUAGUCCAGAUUAAAAAACUAUUAUUUCAGUUGGAGCAGAAGGAGCCAUCUUUAUAUGGAAAAUGCCUGAAUCUGUUAUCAAUUCUAAAGCCUAAUAAGAGUUACCUACUGUUUAAAGUAUUAAAAACUAAAAUCAUAAUCCUUAAUUAUCUUAAUAAUAACAAUUAUAAUAAUCAGUACCUAAAGAUGCAUAAUCAUAAAAAUCUAAUCCAGUUGCUAAAUCAGUCAAAUCAAACACCAAAUCAUCUAAAAAAUGA